AUGGAUUAUAUCUCCAAAAUAAGAAAUAUAGCUAGAUUGACUUCGAUUGUACUGCCAAAUCAAGGGAGAUUCAUUAGAAGUAAAAGUAUAGCAAUUGAGCCAAAAAUACAUGUAAACUAUGCUAAAAAUAAAUGGAAACGAUGUGUUGAGUGUGUUGAUAAAAGAUACUAUGUCACAAGUGGCAAUCAGAUAAAAUUGGAAGAUGAUUACUACAUAAAAGAGGCGGAAUCAAACUUCUGGCUACUGGGAGUGACAAAAAGUAAAUUUAAAGACUUCAACGAAAUAGUGUACAUAAAUUUUACAGAAGAAACGGAGUUGAAAAGGGGAGAUUAUCUAUUCAGCGUCGAAGAUUCCAAAACAUUAUACGACUUCUAUUCACCGUUGGAUUGCACAAUCGAGGAAGUAAACCCGAAGUUUGCAAAUCAGACGACUGAGGAGGUACUAAAAGACCUGUUCGAUAACCCGGAAGGUGAUAAGAACUAUCUGGUAAAGGUGAAGAAGAAAUCAAGUUGA